AUGCCUGUUACACGCAGCUCGUCCGCGCGCCGCCAAACUGCCGCGACUGCUAGCGCGUUUUCCGCUCAGGAAAACUGCCGAUUCUCUCAUCCCGUGACACCGUCGACCGCUACCACCGUUCCAAGCCGCGACCACUCUUCAAGCCCCACAAGCUCGACGACCUCCUCACGCACCUCCGCCUCCGCCUCUUCCUCGACCAGCCACUCGCGCCGAGUCGACUCCGACUCCACCUCUCGGUCCAGCUCCAAGCCCACUCUCACCGAAGCCCAGCGCGAGACCGCCUUCGCCCUCUCCCCCGCCGUCGACGCCUUCACCACGGCGGAGAUCCGCUGCGCGUACUGCCGCCGCAUCUUCAAGCUGCCCUGUCGCGAUAACAACGGCGCGUUCGACAGCGCGAACUUUAAGAGGCACCUCGUGCGCGCGCACCAGGAUGAGGCCAAGGGGCGGCGGGUGACGAAGGGCUCGAACCAUGAGCUGAUGGUGUACGGGCUGGCGCCGGCGCCGAUGAGGGAGGGCGAGAGGCCGUUGCAGCUGGGGGUGGGCUGCGAGGAUCAUGUGCGGCGGGGUGCUGGUGCGGCGGAGGACCCGCGCGUCGCUGAGAUUGAGCGUGCGUUGCGAGAGGUGCCCGAGGUCGAGGCGAAGCGCAUGGAGAACAACCUGUACUGGUUUGCCACCGUCUGCGAACUCGUGAGGGCGAUCUAG